GAUAUCUGGAAAGUGAUAAUGUCGCCCCUUUCUGUCUCUCUCCUUCUCCUUCUCUUUGGUGCUUCCUUUGCUCAAUUUGAUAAAAAAUGUCCCCCAGAAUCUGAUGAUAAACUGCUUGACAGAGACAAUGUACUCCUGUUGACACAGCCUGACUGUGACUAUAGAGUAGCAAUGGGGCCCAAUGAUAAUGAUCCUGAGUUCCUGGACAUUUAUUUAGAGGGUAGCAGACCAGGCUGGGUAGCUGUUGGCUUUUCAUUGGAUAGAGCAAUGGUUAGUGCCUGGUUGUCUGAAUACAAGUGCAUAAGCUUAUUCUCUAUUGUGGUCUGACUUCAACUGAGUCAACUCAAUUCUCU